AUGCCGGUGCUGGUACCGGACAAAGUCAAUAUGAAUUAUGCCAAUAUGAUCGAAGAGGCAAGCCUCAAAAAAACUUUCAUUGUAGCAACGCUUGUAUCCACGCUCGUCGGAACAUUUGCAGCCUCUCACAAUUUGUAUGAGCGGUUGUCCGGUGGGCAGAAGAAGAAAGAUGCAGGCCAGGACGACGAGAUCAAGAAAUUGAAGGGAGAACUCGAGCAGAUGAAAAGCACAGGGAAAAGCGAUCAGAAGAAGCCAGAUGAACUUGAAAGAAACCUCAACACCUCGGGGCCUGUGAUCAAACAGGAAUAUGAUGUCGGCUACGAUAGGCUCGGUCGACGGUUUGCGGUCGGCGACAUGAUUACCGAGAACGAGCUUCAAAAGCAGAUCAUUCUGCUUCAGCAAACCGUGAUCGGUGUCCUCGAGGAUGCACUUUACAGCGGUCGCCAUAUCGACCGCGAUGGCGUGAACAAGCUGAUAUACGCAUCCAGGGCAGCACGGAAUGGGUCCCUCGACGCAUUGCAGGGUCAGUAUCAGAGGCUUGUGCAGUCAGCUCCACCGCCACGAACACCAGCAGCCGUGGAGGCGGAAAUAAUUGAACUGAGCUCCCGCGGCUCGUCGCCUCGGCGUCCCCCUGCUCCAAGAGCUUUAUUACCACCACCAUCGAGAUCGAAAACAACGGCACCUCCGCCCCCGCGGUCAUCCUCGAUGAUGAGAACUGCCAAAGACUUCUUUUGUCGCUACAGCAUCGAUCUCCAGCGCUCACCGAAGAUGCUUCUGGCGCGUUCCUUCGAUCCGGGUCGGGAAAGCCGUUGCCCGGCAUGUAAACAUCGGAUCCCAGUCGACUCUGACGAUAUGUGGGAUGUCGACUUCCCCAUCAAAGGCAAACUGCCGCCGGCUACAGUGCACCCGCGCGCACCAAGUCCCGGGCUGCCGAAGUCAUCUAAAGGCCCGCACAAGAAAGAAAAGUCGCCAGACAAUGGGGACGUGUCUCGUGGCCGCAGCAGGACUGGGAAGGAAGUUGUGGCGGUAACUGAGCAGACUGGCAAGAAACUCACGUUUCGCAUUCCUGCGAGGUUCGUGGUCAAAUGCCACACGCCGAUGGGAGAAUACGCGUGUGGACUAUGUGCUGGGCCACGUGGAGAUUCUACAGUGAUUGUCUUGUGCGAGACACCCGAGGAUCUGGUUGAUCAUAUUGCAAAGGAGCAUAAGACUGCUGAUAUUGAGAAGGAUGCCGAUAUUAUCGCAGAUUCCUAG